AUGCUUGCAUGCAGAGUUGAUGCGCCUCAAAAGUGCUGCCACCGGGGUGGGCGGACCGCGGCGCGCUCGCCAGCCCGCGCCAGCCGGCACACCGGCGUCCUCCUUCUCUUCCUCCGCCUCACCAGCCCAUUUGGCCGCGAGCGUGCGUGUUCGCGCCGUUCCCCCAUAAUUCCAGCCCUUUCUGGCCACUCAGUUGAAAAGAAAACCGGUUUCUCCCUGUACUGGAAUUACCGCCGGGACUAUGAUUCAGCUCGUACUUCGAUGCAAUCUGCUCGACAGCCAUACAUUCGCGACUCUGAAGGUUCAGUCGACUACCCGCCAGUAAACGUACACACUCACAUCGCGGGUUCUCGUUACGUUCUAGUUCUCCGUGUUUAUGCCGGCGCUGCCAGGCCUUCAGUAACUUCUUCAUGUGCAGUCACACUGCCGGCAAAUGAGGUCGAUGGAUAUAUUGGAAGAUAUUGUCGACGGACGUACGACUCACUCCCUAUUCCACUGCAACACGUCAGUUGCAUGCGGUUUUUGGAGACUCUGACGUACUCGGGCCAAUUGAAGGCAGUCUCAUCAGCUGCAAACACUUUAACCAUUCCAUCCGACUGGCUAAAAUCGCUAGUACGCUACCCUGAAUUGCGGUGUCUGUUUCUUUGGGUGUUUGGUCGAGUCCGUAGUCGAGGUCAGACCAAUGCAGUUAACGCCAUGGAGUCAGUAAUGCCAGCAAGCAAAUUCUCCCUUCGUCUGCAUUUCCUCAUUACUGGAAUGGUAUUUCUUGGACUUGGAUCAAUCUUGGUCGUUUUUGAGAAAUCGGAGAACACGCCCUACUACUCCGGCCACUGGAACGGAGCAAUGGCCAUCGUCUCGGGUCUAACUUUGCUAAUAGCGCUGGUGAAACUAAAACAAUGGAUGAUCCUUACCAUUGUGGUUGCGAAUUCAGCCACCAUCAUUGGCUGCCUGACGGCUCUUCUUUCUUCACUAAAGAGAGGCAAUGGUCGAGGCCUGCCAGCCUACUGGAUCUGUCUCUGCGUGUUGCUAUGCAGUGUCUACAGUGUCGUCAUUGUGGGGGUGAGUCGCAGUACCCUUUCGAGGAGCGUGACUUCAGAAAGCUUCGCUAACGAGCCAACGCCGUUGGGCGAUGAGCCACGACAAACUGCAUCACCACCCGCUGGUUUCAUUCUACCAACCGAUGUUCCCUCUCUCCCAGACUACGAUACGCUUUCAAACCCACCCCCUUAUAACGAAGCAGUUAUUGCUAAUAAAAACGAUUCUGGACAUAGUUGA